AUGGCAUUUGCAUAUGAACAAUUUCUUCUUUUGUUGAUGGCUUUUUCAACAUGUUUCUCAUCAACUAGCAGCAAUUCAUCUGUUAAACCUCAAAGACUGGUCUCCAGACUCAUUCACCCUGGCUCAAUUCAUCAUCCUCACUACAAGCCACAUGCAACAGCUCAAGACCGAAUUCAACUUGAUAUCCAACACUCAGCAGCACGUUUAGCCUACAUUCAAGCAAGGAUAGAAGGUUCUUUGGUCUCUAAUAAUGACAACAAAGCUAGUGUUUCUCCCUCUUUAACUGGUAGAACCAUACUGGCCAAUAUCUCAAUAGGCCAACCCCCUAUCCCACAACUAGUUAUUAUAGACACUGCCAGUGACAGCUUCUGGAUCAUGUGCUCCCCUUGCACAAAUUGUGACAACCAUUUAGGACCACUCUUUGACCCCUCAAAGUCUUCCACCUUUUUCCCACAGUGCAAAAUACCAUGUCUCUUCAAGGGUUGCAAAUGUGACCCUAUUCCAUUUCGUGCAUCUUAUGCAGAUGGCUCCACAGCUUCAGGAACAUAUGGUCGUGAUACUGUUGUCUUUGAGACAACUGAUGAAGGUACCUCUAAGAUAUUAGAUGUACUAUUUGGAUGUGGCCACUACAUUGGAUACGAUUCAGAUCCAGGACACAAUGGAAUACUAGGACUAAACAGUGCAGUUGAAUCUUUGGCAACAAAAAUUGGUAGAAAGUUUUCUUACUGCAUAGGCAACCUGGCUGACCCUCAUUACAAUUACAACCAACUGAUAUUAGGUGAAGGGGCAGAUCUUGAAGGUUUUUCCACCCCUUUUGAAGUCCACAAUGGCUUUUAUUAUGUCACCAUGGAAGGCAUAAGUAUAGGGGAGAAAAGGCUUGACAUAGCUCCAAGAACUUUUGAGAUAAAAGAGAAUGGCACAGGAGGAGUCAUCAUUGACACAGGUAGCACUAUCAGCUACCUAGUUGAUAAUGUGCAUAAACUAAUCUACAAAGAAGUUAGAAAUCUCAUUGGUAGGUCCUUUAGAGGAGCAAUAAUUGAAAAUUCCCCGUGGAUGUUGUGUUAUUAUGGUAGUAUCAACAAAGAUCUAGCUGGGUUUCCAGUGGUUACAUUUCAUUUUGCUGAAGGAGCAGAUUUGGCUAUGGAUUCUGGAAGCUUUUUUAGUCAAGUCAGUAAUGACAUAUUCUGCAUGACUAUAGGUCCAGCCAGUAACAUCGACAUUAAAAGUAAGCCUUCAGUGGUUGGAUUGUUAGCCCAACAGAGCUACAAUGUGGGAUAUGACCUUGUUAAUAACUAUGUUUACUUUCAAAGAAUUGAUUGUGAACUUCUUAGUGGUUGA